AGGAGAGAGUAGUUGUGUCUAGAGAGGUGCAGCGGAGGACAUAAAAAUCUGUGCAGCCGUGCUACGGUCAUUUUGAGAGCUAUGACAGAAGUUGAAGUUGACAGCAAGUCACUGAUUAUGCCCACAGCCACAGUAAGUCUCUUGCCUUCUGUAAAGUUGUUAGACUAAGCAUGAUGUGUUUCUGAUGGACGCGCCGAUGGCUGAAUGAACGCUGCCAGUUUGCAUUUAUGUAGCUAUCAACAUUUGAUUGUGUAUUCACAGGUCGUUUAGAUAGGUAGGUAGGUAGCUAUCGUAGACCAUUUGGUGUAGCUCCUGAAUGUUGAUCUCGGUUGAUCUCUAGACAACGCUGUAGCAAGUAGCUAUGUCCAAUGUUUCAUGCACAGAAGAGGAGGUAGGUAGCGAAGACUCUAGCAGGCCAAGUGCCAACUGAAUGCGAGCUUUACAAUCAUUGCCAGGCUGGCAGAGACUCGAGCUGAAUGCCAAAUUUGCUACUUCUUCUCUGGUUAUCCUAAUAUACCAAAGCCAUUCUGCGGCCUACUCGGGCCCUUUGUCAUGCUCUUGGCGGCACGUCGCAGGCACGCGUAGUGUGGUGUAGUACCGGACUCCUAGAGUUUAAUGUCUGUUGCUUCUCUUCCUCCAUCGCAGGAUAGCAGCCCUGGCGACAUGCCCCCGCUUCUAGCGAGGGCUCGCUACAACAACGUGGCCGAGGCAGUGGACGAGCUAUCGUUUCGACAAGGAGACGUGGUCACGGUCCUCAAGAAGGAUUUCAACGGACAGGUGGACUGGUGGCUGUGCGAGAUGCGGGGGAGGGUCGGGAUGGUGCCCGCCAACUACUUCGAGAUUUUCCACGACUCGGAGGCCACGUACGACACCCCCCGUCCCUCGUCGAGGACGACGCCUUUGGGGCGCAGGAGAAGAUCUCCUAGCGCGGACCCACUGGACACGGACGACGACGUCGUGUACGACAUACCGCCGCACGAGCGGAGGCGGCAGCAGCAACAAAUGACCUCUGCCGCUGCAGAGGAAGGCGCAGAUUACGAUUUCCCACCGCCGGAGCCCGGCAGCGUCCCUCCAGUGGAAGCGCCCGAUUACGAUUGUCCGCCGAGCCAUCCGGGUAGCGCUCGCUCCAGCCUCAAAUCAGGCUCAGCUUCGGGGAUCCUUCUCCACCGUCUAUCGCAGACCUCGGGGAGCUCAGGAGGGACUUCAAACUCACAGAUCUACGAUUUACCGCCUGCAGAACUCGCGGAGGUGUAUGACCUGCCGAAGGCCGACCAGCCGGCAAAGGGGUUUGAGGAAGAGGAGAGGGGACAGAUGCUAAUGGCGGUAGACAUUGGACAGAUAAUGGAUGAAGAGGCAGAGGAUAUGCUCGCGUCUUACUGCAAACUAGUGAAGGUCACGUAUGAAAAUCUAUUUCAGACGGUGUACGGGAAGGAAGCAUACUGGGGCACCGAUAACAUGUCACGGAGGAACGACACGCUCCAGAUGACUAUUCACGCUGGCAAGCAGUUUGACAGAGCACUCACUGCACUCCUCGAGUUCGGGAAAGGAGUGGCCAACUCACUGGAGAGUUCCCACGACACAAACUUCAAGAAAAAGUACGGGAGCCACUACCGAGGCCUCCUACAGAGACGGCACGAGAUCCUCCCGAAACUCGAGGCUCUCCCGCUCAACAACGAGACCACUACAGCCACCGUGAAAUCACUCCUGGAGGUCACCCGCAUCCUCCCCAACGCAGUCAACGAGUUUGCAGUCCUCGUGCGGGUUAACAAGGCGGUUCUCUUCCGCUCCGAGAGCAAACCGGGUAGCGAAGGUCUCCCGGUCCUCACCAAGAGCGAGGUAAAGGCCAGACCACUCCCAGAGCUACCCCCCACCCCCACAUUCCAGAGAGACUCGUGUUCGUCUGGCUACGACUAUGCGUACAUCCCUAGUGAAGAUGGGGACCCUCCUCCAAGACCUCCCAAACCAAUGACUGAUUGCAGGAGCGACGCUGGGAGUCCCUCUCUCGUCACGUGCCACACACCCCCUCUCCCCGCCUCCCCCUCGCGACACCCCAACACCCUCAACAGUUCAAACAACUCUGACUCUGGACUCGACUACCAGCUUCGGAAACGGAACCCGCAAGACAACCUGCCCCCUCUCCCCUACGCCACCGUCCCACGAUCUCCAAAGAAGGCGCUGCCCGUCGAAACGAGCACGCCGUCCACCCCAAUCAGAGGUCAGAGUCCGACAAACCUGCACCUCACGCCGGUCAGAGGUCGAAGUCCGAACCACUCAAGAACGGACCUGAACAUAGUCAACGGACGGCAUAGUCCAACGUCUAUGAGUGUUGCGGGAGACUUUAUGGGCCACCGACAGAGGAGUAACUGCAUGGUGAGCACCUCUCGGGUGGCCAGCCCUAGUCCUCUCCACAGACCAACGCACAAGAGGAACCAGAGCUACGAUAGCAACCUCUCGGAGACUAGUUCCUGCGAUUUGAACGAGAGUGUCGGCGGAUUCAGGCGAGUGAGAUCAAACGACCUCCUAGACGGUCCGUACGGAAGGGCGAGUACUCCAAGUCAACAGCCACACAGAUCAACCAGCCCUCAGCAGCUGAGACGAGAAGAGCGCGAGCUUCUGGACAGGUUCAGCAAGCAGAUGGAGCUCAUCACUCCCAGUCUGAGGGAAUCCGUCGAUGUUUUGCUCAACAGCAUCAGUGUGAGCGAAACCCCGAAAGAGUUUGUCACCAAGAGCAAACUGGCCGUCGUGGCCGCCUACAAACUUGUGUACGUUGCCGACGCUCUCUGUCAAAAGAUUCUUCACAACGAGACAAAGACGGCCAUCCUAUCCUCGAGUAACAUGCUCACGGAGAGUAUAAAGGCUCUGGUGUCGGACACAAAGUCGGCUGCCCUGCAGUACCCCAGUGUGCUGGCCCUGGAAAAGAUGGGCGAGAGCCUCAAGAGAUUCUUCCCCUCGGCUCUGGACCUGGUCGAGUCUGUCAAAUCAAAAGGCACUCAGAUCUAG